AUGAGACGUCAUAGCCAGGCAGAUGAUGUACAGCAGCAGGGUGCAGCCACUUUGGUGCCACAAUCCCCAGACACAUAUUCAAAUGGAUCUAUCACACGGCAUGAGCAGGUGACACUUGAGAUCGCGGGCGAUGAUCAGGAAGAUCUAGGCUACACUCGUACUCUGAUGUAUGGCAGGUAUUCGAGGGAUCUGCAACAAUUUGCUGGCGAUGAGGCGCGAAGACUACGGAAGCUCGCAAAGCUGCGCAAACAGGAGGAUAAGCUGCGGAAUCAGCUAUUCCAGCUGCAAUCAAAUGAGCCUACACACCUGCACAGCAUGUCCGCCUGGAUCUGGCAUCAUUUGUCCGAGCGCCUGAGCAAGGAUUGGAUAUUUCUAACAGCUUGUGGCAUCAUCAUGGCCCUCAUAUCUUUCGCCAUGGAUGAGGGCAUUCGAUUGUUUAUUGAAGCACGUUUUUGGUUCUAUAAUGAAAUCACUGGCGAUCCAUUUGCGAGGUAUUUCGCUUGGGUCGCAGUACCCGUCCUUAUGAUCUUGAUAACCACCAGCUUUAUACAUUACUGGGCACCCCAAGCCGCAGGAUCCGGCAUACCCGAAAUGAAAACUAUUCUGCGUGGCGUUCCCCUUAAGAACUAUCUCACAUUUAAGACCCUGGUGGUUAAGGUGUUGGGCCUCACAUUCGUAUUGGGUAGCGGCAUGCCACUGGGCAAGGAGGGCCCCUAUGUCCACAUUGCCAGCAUCGUGGCACAUCUGUUAAGCAAGUUGGCCACGCCAUUUCGCAGCAUCUACCAGAACGAAUCGCGCAGCACCGAAAUGCUGGCCGCUGCCUGCGCCCUAGGUCUAGGCACCUGUUUCGCAGCACCCAUCGGAGCUGUGCUCUUUAGCAUCGAGGUGACCACCACUUACUUUGCGGUGCGAAAUUAUUGGCGUGGUUUCUUCGGCUGUGUCGUAGGCGCUUCGGCAGUGCGCCUUUUGGCCGUUUGGUUCCAGGGUGCGGACACAGUGACAGCGGUCUAUCCCACCUAUAUAAGCACUGAGUUUCCUUUCGAUUCCAGGGAGCUUGCCUUCUUCGCUUUGACUGGAGCACUUUGUGGAUUGCUGGGCGCUUCCUUUGUCUGGGUGCAUCGGCAUUAUGUGCUCUUCAUACGUUCCAGCACGAAGCUGAACAAGUUUCUGCAGAAGAACCGCCUUUUAUAUCCCGGAAUGCUGGCUCUGCUAAUAUCUACACUGACGUUUCCCCUGGGCACUGGACAAUUCCUGGGUGGGGAUAUUAGCACAGAGAAUCAGUUGACGCAGUUGUUCAGCAACUUUACGUGGACGGAGACACAUCUUAGUGAGAAACAGGCGAAGAUUGUAGCGCAGUGGUCCACCAAGUACACGAGCAUCUUUAGCAACCUCGUAUACUAUACGCUCUACCAUUAUUUCUUAUCCAUUAUUGCCUCCACCAUGGCCGUGCCACAUGGCAUGUUCAUACCAGCUCUGAAGAUUGGCAGCGGCUUUGGCCGUUUGGCCGGAGAGUUCGUCGCCUGGAUGUUUCCGCUGGGCGUGCGCUAUGGCAAGUGCAUGUCCCCAAUAAUGCCCGCAGCGUAUGCGAUUGUGGGUGCGGCUUCCUUCGCCGGCUCGGUGACUCACUCGAUUUCUGUGGCUGUGGUGGUCUUCGAGAUUACUGGACAAAUUGCGUUUGUGGUGCCGGUCCUGGUAGCUGUGCUGGUGGCCAAUGCCGUCGCCUCCCUGCUACAGCCCUCCAUGUAUGAGAGCGUCAUUAUGAUCAAGAAGCUGCCCUAUCUGCCCGAUCUGCUGUACACCAGCUCCUCGAUGUACAACAAGCAGGUGUCCGACUUUAUGUUGCGCGACGUCAAGUACAUUUGGCAGGGCAUCACCUACCAGCAGCUCAAGGAGGUACUCCGCAUGAACAAGAAGCUGCGCUCCAUUCCACUGGUGGACAGUCCCGAGAAGAUGAUCCUAAUUGGCUCUGUGCAGCGGCAGGAGCUAGUGAAAUUGAUCGAGGAACAAAUUGGACGAGAGAAACGCAUGGAAAUUGCACAAAAAUGGCGCGCGGAGGAGCUCAGGGAUCAGGCGGCCGAGCGAAGACCAUCACGCUUUGAGGUCGUACCAGCACCGGAUCCACAAAAAUUAAGUUCGAUGCAGAAUAAUCAGCAGGUAAACGACUCGCUGAACUGCGUUCACAGCGAUUCCAAAGCACGUCAACGCUCGACAUUUCAGUCUAUAUUUAAAAAUUCCACGGACUCCGAUCUCGACCUUGAGCUAGGCUCCAAUGAGCAGCUGCAGCCGGUGGUCAGUCCCUCAAAGCGAGUGCAGCUGAUUGGCGAUCGAGUUGUCGAUAUGUCACCCGAGGGCAAAAAGCUUUGGGAACUGGAUCAAUUGAGCAAACCCAUCGAUUUUUAUAGUGCAUCGGCUCGCAUCGAUCCCUCACCCUUUCAGCUGGUGGAGCGCACCUCAUUGCUAAGAGUUCACUCCCUGUUCUCAAUGAUGGGCGUGAAUCAUGCCUAUGUAACCCACAUUGGCCGUCUUGUGGGCGUCGUCAGCCUGAAGGAGCUGCUCAAGGCAAUCGAAGACAUUAACAAUCAGCGCUUUGAGCCACGCACAGCUCGCGAGCAGCAACCAGAUGUCAAGCCCCUGCUUGGGGGCAGUUACAGUGAAGAGGGCGUUAAUAGCACCGUCACCUCGGUAAACCUAAUGUCUGGCGAAGUUCGAGCAAAUCAUGGGGAGGGAGAAGGACCUGAAGGGGCACACACUGUUUAG